AUGCAGACGAGCCCAAUGCGGUCGACUCCCACCCGCUUUCUUUCCAGCAUCAACUCGCAUCUCUCUGCAGCAACAUCAAACAUGAAGCUCCUCUACCCCACCUCUCUCAAGCUGGAUGUCUCCCAGAUCGAGGGAUUCCCUUCCGUCACGCUCCACCCCUACGACGUCAAGGCUCCCAUCCCCGAGGAGCACGUCGACGCUGAGAUCCUCGUCACCUGGACCAACUCCUCCGACAACCUCAAAGAUGCCGUCAGCCGUCUGACCAAGCUGCGCUGGAUCCAGUCUCUCGCCGCCGGUCCCAAUGACGUUCUCAGCGCCGGCUUCGACACCUCCAAGGUUGCCGUCACCACCGGCUCCGGUCUCCACGACCACACCGUCGCCGAGCAUACCCUUGGUCUCCUUCUCAAUGCCGCCCGCAGGUUUUACGAGAUGCGGGAUUACCAGCUCCAGGGCAAGUGGCCCGGUCACCUCGGCGGUCCCCAGCCCGAUCGCCCCGCCGAUAGAUUCACCACCCUCCGUGACGCCCGCGUCUUGAUUUGGGGCUUCGGAAAUAUCGCAAAGACUCUCACCCCCUCUCUUGUGCAACUUGGAUCCCAGGUUCGCGGAGUUGCUCGCCGUCAAGAUGUCCGCAAUGGAAUCGAGGUAUACUCUGAGGACAGGCUUGCCGAGCUGCUACCAGAGACCGACGCCUUGGUUAUGAUCCUCCCUGGCGACCCAUCCACAAGGCACGCUCUCAAUGCCGAGAGGCUGAAGCUGCUCCCCAAGCACGCCUGGGUGGUCAACGUCGGACGCGGCACCUCCAUCGAUGAGGAUGCCCUCUACGACGCUCUUGUGGAGGAGAGGAUUGGCGGUGCCGCUCUCGACGUGUUCGAGACAGAACCUCUUCCUGAGCCAAGCAAGCUCUGGAAGGCCCCCAACCUCAUUCUCAGCCCACACGCGGCCGGCGGCAGGCCACAGGGUGCCGAACAGUUGAUCGUCGAGAAUUUGAGAAAGUUCUUGGCCGGUCAGCAGCUGAAGAACCUCAUUUAA